AUCUCCCUCUCUCAUUCAUAUAUUGCCCUUUUUCUCUCCAUAAACCUCCCACAUUCACUUCCUCUCUCUCUCUCUGUCCCUUUAUUAACACUUCUCUUUACUUUCUCAAAUCUUGGAGCAGAGGAAGCAACGAAUUUUGUGGGGGGGGGGGAGAGAAAACAACACACCAUCACAUUGAAACAUAUAUAUAUAUAUAUACAUCUUUUUUUGAUGGUUUGAACUAUUGAUUCCAUCGGUGAACCAUAUAGUUUCAGGACAAGAGCAACAUAGAACAAUGGCAGUUUCUUCUACCAUUAAUGGCGACAAGAAGCACUGGUGGUUCACUCACAGAAAGUUGGUGGAUAAGUACAUUAAGGAUGCGAGGACUCUGAUAGCGACCGAGGACCAGAACGACGUCGCUUCGGCGGUUCACCUCCUGAACGCGGCGUUGGCGUUGUCGCCGCGUUUGGAGACGGCGCUCGAGCUGAAGGCGAGAUCUCUGCUCUUCCUCCGCCGCUUCAAGGACGUCGCCGAUAUGCUUCAAGAUUACAUUCCCAGUCUCGACGACGAAGACUCCGACGGCUCCUCCUCUUCCUCCUCCUCCGGUCAUCUAUCUCGCGACCGCGUCAAGCUUCUCUCUGACGCGCCGGACGGCCGCGACCCGUCGUUUAAGUGCUUCUCCGUUUCCGAUUUGAAGAAGAAGGUCAUGGCAGGUCUCUGUAAAAAUGGCGACAAGGAUGGGCAAUGGAGGUACAUCGUGUUGGGGCAAGCUUGUUGCCACCUGGGUCUAAUGGAGGACGCGAUGGUUCUGCUUCAGACCGGGAAACGCCUCGCCUCCGCCGAGUUCCGUCGCCGUAGCAUCUGCUGGUCCGAAGAUAGCUUCUCUCUCCUCUCCGAAAAUUCCUCCUCCGUCGCCUCUGCCGCAUCUCCGCCACGCCACCCCCUGACCGAGGCCGAGAGUGUCAGCCACCUCCUCGCCCACAUAAAGCUCCUCCUUCGCCGCCGGACCGCUGCCCUCGCCGCUCUCGACGCGGGGCUCUACUCGGAGUCAAUCCGCCACUUCUCGAAGAUCGUCGACGGUCGCCGACCUGCUCCUCAGGGGUUCCUAGCCGAGUGCUAUAUGCACCGCGCCACGGCAUACAGAGCCGCCGGGCGAAUCGCGGAGGCCAUAGGCGAUUGCAACAAAACACUCGCUCUCAAGCCGUCGUGUAUUCAGGCUCUGGAGACAAGAGCAUCGCUCCUUGAAUCAAUCCGGUGUUUUCCCGAUUCGCUUCACGACCUUGAACACUUGAAACUUCUCUACAACACCAUUUUACGCGACCGGAAACUUCCUGGCCCGCCGUGGAAGCGCCACAACGUGAAAUACAGAGAAAUCCCCGGGAAAUUAUGCGUAUUGACGACCCAAAUCCAGAAAUUGAAGCAGAAAAUCGCUAAUGGAGAAACGGGUAACGUCGAUCACUACGGCCUGAUGGGAGUCAGACGCGGAUGCACUCGGUCGGAGCUCAACCGAGCGCAUCUCCUGUUGUGUCUGAGACACAAACCCGACAAGGCCACGUCGUUCAUCGAACGCUGCGAGUUCUCCGACCAAGACGCCGUCGAUGCCGUCAGAGAUCGAGCAAAGAUGACUUCGCUGCUGCUCUACCGUUUGAUUCAGAAAGGGUACUCCACAGUCAUGGCGAACAUAACGGAGGAAGAAGCCGCCGAGAAGCAGAGGAAGAAAGCCACGGCGGCUGCGCAAGCCCAAAAGGCGACUCAGAACGCUGAAGAACCGAAACCGGUCGAGAAAACCGGUUCAGUUAAGCGAACAUGCCCAGCAGAAACCAAGACGGCGAAUUCGAACGCGUAUCAAGGAGUGUUUUGCCGAGAUCUGGCGGCCGUCGGGAAUUUACUGUCUCGGGCUGGUUUUAACCACCCGAUUCCGGUGAAAUACGAAGCCCUCAGCUGCUAGAGGUCCCCGCCGGUUAAUUUUGGAAAACGAACACAACCAAAAAAAUAUUUUAUAUAAAUAUAAAAACAUUUGAAUGUAUGUAUGUAAUGAUAAUUUUCCCGCCGGAAAAAUUUUGUUGCCUCUGUUUACCUCUGAA